AUGGCUUCGCGACAGUUGAAUAAAGACGAACGAAGUGAAAAUGGUCAAUCUCAAUGGAUUUCACCUGGAGAACAUUUUAUCAACACCAAUGAAAACGAACAAGCGAUCAAACUAGAACAAUCGAUUGGUGAUCAUUUUCGAAUUCUCAAUGAAAGAUUAAACUCAUUGAGAUCGUUGAAUAUCGAUGAAGAACGUUUGCCUGUUCUCGGUUCGAUGUUGAAUCAAUUGGAAGCAGCUGUAAGUAGAAUCGAGCCAAAGAUCAAUCACAACAACGAGAUGCCGACAUUGAAUAUCGCCGCUCAUUAUCAAUAUUUCACCGAAAAACUCAACAAUGAAUCGACAAUUUUGAAUGAUGAUAAUAAAAUGAAUAUUCAACUGGCAUAUUAUUCACACAUGUUGAACGAGAAACUCAACAAAUUGCAAAAUAUCGUUUACAAACGUUACAAAACGAAAUUUCAAGAGUUAAUUGAAACUAUGAAAUCGAACUACGACGCUGAUUGGGAGAAUUAUCGGAAAAUGAACAAUUUCCAAUUCGAAUUAAAGAAAUUCGCACAAUAUUGUAUUCAAUCGAAAAAUAGCAUUAAUCAAGCACGAUCGAUCUUUCAUGAGAAAUUAAAAAAUGAUUUGCAAUUCAAACAUUAUUUCAAACAAUUCUUAGUUCAGUAUGAACAGAAUGGAUUCAAAUUACUUCUGACUGAAAUGAUUCAUUAUAUUCCGAAAUCGGAAAAGUAUCUUCAAGCCUAUUCGAGGGAUGAAAAAUAUAAUUUGUUCGAAGAUAUUGAACAAUGGAACUUGAUCUAUGAUUUCUUAAUCAAAAUUCUUGAUUUAAACAAUAUAGAAAAUUUUGAAAAAUUCGUUAAAAAGUCAACAUCACUGACAGAUCGUGAUUCAUCUUCCACUGAGCAAGCAAUUGAAGAAAACAAAAUUCUAAUUUUACUGUUUCGAUUAUUCAAGAAAAAUAUUAAAAAAUCGAACGAUUAUUUAGUCGAUUUUAAGGAAUCAUCUUUAGUUUUUGUUCGAGAUCAUCUAUUAACGCUCUAUGAUCGAGAAGAAAACAACGCAAGCAGUCGUAUUAGAAUCAAAGUCGAUCAAAUCCGACAAAUCAACGAAGAACAUUUGAAAUCGAUUCACGAUUCAGAACGACAAAGAAAACAGACUUUUAUUCGACAAUUUCGUGGUCAAACUUGGAAGGACAAAUUGAUCGUUCAUAUCGAAGAUGUCAAUGAUUAUAAAGUGAGCGAAUUUUCCAUGGAAAACGACGAUGAACCCUCAAGAUUAAAAAAGAAAUGGUUGUCAACGAAUGAUCCCGAUGAUUAUUCACAAUAUGAAAAUUAUGUUUUCUCGAUGACAGAUUCAUUGAUCAAAAGUCAACAUCUGUUCGAAAUCAGUUACAUUUAUCAGGAUAAACAACCACGUUUAAAUGCCUAUUUGAAAAAGUCGCUCGAAUGUUUAAACAAAUCGAUUGCAAUCGAUCAAUCUCGACUUGAUUCAACAGAAAGAUUAAAUCUGAACACGAAUCUACGAUCAAAAUAUGAAUUGAAAGGAUUGAUUUAUUUACAGAUGACUGAUCAAUACAGUUUUGACUGUCUCGACAAAUUCAAUUUUUUCAAUUUGGCAACCUACAAUUUCCUUCAAAUUGAGAAAAUAGAAAGCAAUGAGACUAAUGUCAAGUGUCAUGACAAGAAUUUUAUUCAGCUGUUUAAGGUUGCAUUCGAAUCUAACGAUGAUUCAUCAAUCGAUCUCUAUGAUCGAGUUUUAACUAUCAAUCCUUAUUUUGUUCCAGGGCAAUAUCAAAAAUUAUUGAAAUUUUAUGAACUAAAUGAGUGUUCGACUAUCUGUCACAUACACUCGAGUUUUCAUCAUUUGAUCACAUCUGAUUCGCCACUUCUCGAUUUAUUUCGAAUUUUAAUCAAUAAGAAGAAAAAAAAACGCAAAUCGAGCGUCAACAAACCAACGGAUUUUCUGAAUAAAACUAUUCAAAUUAAAAUAAACAACCAUCAACAUCCAUCAUUGUAUUUACAACUUGUUCAAAGCGAAUAUUCCUAUCGAUUGAAAUGUAACAAUGAAGAACAAUUGAUUAAUUUAUUAAAAUAUGGAAAACUGAAUAUGAAUUAUAUCAAAUAUGAUAAGAAUAAAUCAUUGAAAUUAAAAUAUCAAUUAUCCAAUUUUGAUUUUCGACAGAUUAUUGAGAAUUUCAAUGAGAAAAUUAUAAAUCAAGAAACAAAUUCUCUCGAUUUAAUUCGAUUGUAUCAAAAACUGCAAUUAUCCAAUGAACUUGAAUAUGAAAAAUUAGAUAAAACAUUUCGAAAAUUACUACCGCAAAUACGACUCAACUUCAUUCAAAUCACUUCGAACGAUUUUCAACGAAUUUGUGAAAUAUCGCGAGCCAUUGAAGAAUUUCAAAGCUUUCCAAAUGAUAAUGUGAAUAAAGAAAUACUUCAACUGAAAUUCGAACGUGCAAAUAUCUAUCGAAAAAAUCAUCUUUUCUAUUUAGAAGAAUUAGAACUUCGAGGAAUUUUGAAUCAUCAAACAAAAAAUUCUGAUCACAAUCCAAUGAUUUAUUAUCGUUUAUCGUAUUUAAAUAAACAACGAGGAAAUCUCCGAGCAUCGAUGAAUUAUAUCGAUUUGGCCAAACGAAAAUAUAAUGAAAAAAUUAACAAAUCAAUAUUUGACAAAAUCAACCAACUCAAAUCAGAAUUAUCAUUGUUAGAGAAGCGUCCUUUAAAUUUUAUGGAAAAGAAUCAAUUGAAUCUGAUCCAAAUCUGCAAUUUGAUCAUCAAAUUUCAAUCCCAUUUGCAACUAUCGUUGAUCAAUGGAUUUCAAUGGUUUUCAAAUACAUCAAACCGAAAUUCCAUAAUCGAUUGUUUAUUCUAUCAUUUAAUUGAAGAUGCGAACGAUAUUGAUCAAUUUCUAACUGAUAAUGUUGAGCAUAGUUUAACUCAGACAUUUAAGGAGUUACAAAAGAUGUUGAAAGAAAUUUCAGUCGACGAUCACGAGACACUAACCGAUAUUUUCAAUGACAAAUUUCAUACCAAAUUUCAAUGUUUACUUAUAAAUAAAAACAUCAAUUCGUUUGACGAUAAACGAAUACCGAUUAUUUUACGUCGUCAUAGCGAAACGAACCGUUAUCAAACGAUCAAACAAAUCAAUUACAAAAUGUUUUUAGUGAAUUUAGUCACAACUUACGAUGCAAAGAAAGAUCUGAAAAGUGUUUGUUCGAAAUUUUUAAACGAAGAAAUCGGGAAAAAUAUUUUAAUCGACAAGAACGAAAAUAAAACUAUUGAUUGGUUUAUCAAAUCGAUGAUUAAUUGUGAAACAAUGAAAAUCUUCACUGAAAAUAUUGUUUAUUAUUUGACAAGCGAUGAUUACAAUAAAAACUGUUUUGAUUUUUGGUCAUCUAUCGCUGAUUUUCAAUAUCACAUUGAUCUAGAAGAGACGUUAAAUCAUUUCAAACAAUUAUUUCUGAUAGCGAUCGAAGAACAUCGAGAAGAAGAAGAAGAAAAACAUCGAUCAGCAUUAGAACUGAUCGAUGAUAUAAUUGAACAAAAUCAAAAUCAACAAAAAAUUGUCAAUUUAAUUCAUCGAUUGAAAGAAGAAAUUUUACGAUCUUUAAGUCAGUACGAAAAUGUUUCGUCAAAUUCAAGGAUACGAGAAAAAAUUAAUAAAAUUAUCUCGUCGAAAUACAAAUUUGUCGAUAAAAUUCAAAAGUUAAUUUCGAACGAAUGUCUUAACAUUGAUUUACAAUUCAAAGAUUCGGAGACAAAAGUGCAAUUUUAUGAAUAUUUACAAGAGCCAAAGCAAAAUGACAUUGUUUAUCAGAUUUUCUUGAUGAUAGAAGAAAUUCUCGCGAAACCGAAAAUACAAAUUAAUCGGAACACUGUCAUCGUUGAAAGUUUUAACAUUAUUCUCAGUGAUUUAAUUGUUGAUUUAGAAAAGAAAUUCAACAAAUCGAAGAUGAUUAAAGAAAUGAAAUUUUAUGCAACAAAUGUAUUUAUCGAUCAUUCAUUGAUCAACGAUUAUUGGCACGGAGUUAAUUUAAUUUUUAUUUCAAAUACGAUUCAUUUUGUCAAAGAUGCUUCUAAUAAUAAGAUAACGUUGGACGUUAGCGGUAGAAAGGGUCAAGAUGGUACAGAUGCUCAACAUCAACCUCAUACAACAAGACCGAAUGAAGAUGGUCUCGAUGGUUUACCAGGUGGAAACGGAGAAGCCGGACACAAUGGUGGACAUAUUUAUUUAAUUGCCAAAAGUCUAUUCAAGGGCAAAGAAAAUCUAGAAAAAUUGAUCACAUCAGGUGGUGCUGGCGGGAAAGGUGGAAACGGAGGGAAUGCCGGUAAUGGAUCAAAUGGUACAGACGGUGAGAACGCCACUGAAACACAACUUCCUCCUUUAAUUAAAGGUUAUAGUGUAUGCUGGGGAAAAGAAGGCGCUCGAGGAGGAAAUGGUGGUGUUGGGGGAAAUGCUGGUCUAGGUGGAUUUGGUGGACAUGCCGGACUUGUUUAUAUUGAAGAAAAUCAAACGAAUAUUACUGAUGCGUUUACUUCUUUGAUUGAAUCAAUUGACAGAUCAAAUAUCAAUGGUGAAGAUGGAAAACCCGGUCAAGGUGGAAAAGGUGGUACACGUGGACGAGAUGGAUACGAUUUUCUUCAAUACCGACUUCAUGGAUUCGGAAGCGCUGUGACAGUUCGAGGAUCUAUCAAUUGGAGAGGUGCUGAUAUGGGCUGGCUCAAAGUUUCUGUUGAUUUCACAUGUGAUGAACCGUCGAAGAAACCCGAUGGAAUCAACCACGGUGCUGGAAAAACGGCUAAUGAGCAACUGGAAUCGGGCAAAACUCGUAACAAACGUGAAAAGAAAAAUCAAUUAAGUGAAGAGAAAAUGAAAAGUGAAUUGAAUGAAAUAAUUCAUCGUCAUAAUGAAAUAUCGAAUAGUCUUUCAAAUUCAAUGAAUUUGUUCAAAGAUCAAAUGAAUGAUAUGCUGGAUGAACGUCAGUCGAGAGUGAAAACACAUGCUUUAUCAGAUUCCAUGCUAGAACAUGCGCAUCAAAUAGCUCAACAAGCAUUGGCUGAAAAUGCAAUCAAAAUGAAAAGCAAAGUGGAAAGCACAAAUUUGAAAACAUGUGAAAUGGAUUCGAAGAAUCACUAUGACAAAUUAUUGAUUCAAACUAGAUUGAAAUUCGAUGAUUCAAAACAAGAAAUAAUUCAGCCCCAAAAGUUAAAUAUUAUUACAGAUUUACAACGUCAAUAUAAACAAAAAAACCAAGAUUUCCGAGUUCAAUUAAAUAAAGAUUUGGAUAAAAUCAGACAUGAAAUCAAAUCAUUGAAAUCCAAAGGAAAACAUAUUUUUUUCCGCAUUGAUAUCGACAAUUUAAGUGCAACAUUUCUCAGUAUGAAAUCGAAUGAAAAUCAAAUCGAUUUAGAACAAUUAUUCAAAAACGAAUCGGAAUCAAAUUCUUUGUUUAAUCAGAAUUUCUCGUCGUUAAGCGACAAUUUUCAACGUCUAUCCUAUGAUCCAAUCACCAAACGAUAUGAACCAUUUCUAUUAAAUGAAUAUUUCGAAGAAUUAAAACAACUGAAACGAAAGAAACGCAUGAUCAUUCGAAUGAAAAAUCAAUUGAGUCAAUUGAACAUUGAAGAAUUUAUCGAAAAUUCAUGUUUAGAAUUCGGAAAUGAAGAAAUCAUCAAAAGAAAAUUGUCGGGAUUUGAUGAAAUAUUUUCUUUGAAUAUCAUCGAUCGAGAUGAAUUCUUUAACAUCGAUGAUUUCAUCAAAGAAAUUUCUUCAUCUGUUGAUUCAUCGAACGAUUCGGAACUCGUCGCUGAUGGAUUUUUAUCGGAAAAAAUCAACAAAAAGAGCAAAUUCAAACAAGCUGAACUCCAUCAAUGUUCACCGAUUUAUCAUCAACGUAACGAACAACAAAUAAUCGAAAUUCAUCCGAUUGAAGAGUUAAUCAUCGAGUUUCUCGAUUCGAAAGAAAAAAAUCUUGAAUUAAUCGUUCGAAUGCUCAAUUCUUUGUCUUCGAUUUUUCAAAAGAAACAAUUCCAUUUUCUAUGUCAGACCAAACUGAAGAAAUUUAUUGAAUUUCUAUCUGAAAAUGUGCUUUUCAUUCGAACCGAUUUCAAUUCUGGACAUUUGUUUCGAACGAUGAAACGAAUUUUGAAUUCGAUUCAACUUCAUCAUUUAACAUCGCUAUUCAAUGAUUUAAAAUCCGUUAUCUUGUUCAAAGAAAAACAAUUCAAUGAGUUUCAAAAAUGUCUCGACAAAAUUCAAAUCUUCUUUCAACAUAAGCAAAACGACUUCGAUCAAGAAAUUCGAAUGUUGAAUUAUAUUCGAAAAAAUCGUAAAUCAGAUAUUUUUGAUUUAUUUAAGAACUGUUGUCAACCGACUGCUACUCUUAAAAUCAAUCAAUACGAGAACGUUCAACAAUUCAUUAACAAUUUAUAUUUAAGACAAGAAUUCAAAGAUCAAAUUCGAAUUUUACUGAACAAAUUUCAUCGUUAUUUAGAAAAUAUCAGAAACCUCAACACUGAUUUUUUUAAAGAAGACAAAAAAAAGAAAUUUUUGUACAAAAUGAAUUUAUUUUUAAAAGAAGAAAAACAGGAAAUCAGAACGAAUUCUAAUAAGUUGAUUUUUAACCAAGAACGUUGUCAGAAUAUUGUUUAUCAAUUAUACAAAAGUGCUGAUUUACGAACGAAUAUUCGAUAUUUGAACGAUAUUGACAUCUCGACACAACUAAACGUCGAUGAUUUGACGAAGAAUUUGAAAAAAUUAUACGAUGAAUUGAGAUAG